AUGUCUGGAGGAAGGAACCCCAUGGAGGAGGCGUACGAGCGCCUGAGGCAGGUAGCCCAGCAGCAGCAGAAGCGAGGAGGCUUCGGCGGCGGCGGCAUGCCUGGUGGUCCCCGUGGCCUCGGAAUGGGAUUGGGAGGCCUUGUUCUACUCGGUGGUGCUGCGAUUCUCGCACAGAAUGCCCUGUUCAACGUCGAUGGUGGUCACAGAGCGAUCAAGUACCGGAGGUUAAGUGGUGUGAGCAAGGAGAUUUACAGCGAAGGAACACACUUGAUUGUCCCUUGGUUCGAGACCCCCAUCACCUACGAUGUCCGCGCGAAGCCGAGAAACGUCGCCUCCCUCACCGGAACGAAGGAUCUGCAGAUGGUCAACAUUACCUGCCGUGUUCUCUCGAGACCGGACAUCAAGGCUUUGCCCCAGAUCUACCGCACGCUCGGUACCGACUACGACGAGAGAGUCUUGCCCUCGAUUGUCAACGAGGUUCUGAAGAGCGUCGUUGCUCAGUUUAAUGCCAGCCAGCUCAUUACCCAGAGAGAGAUGGUUGCGAAGUUGGUCCGCGAGAACCUCUCCCGGAGAGCUGCGCGGUUCAACAUCCUCCUAGACGAUGUGUCUCUGACGCACCUCGCCUUUUCUCCCGAAUUCACCGCCGCCGUGGAAGCGAAGCAAGUCGCCCAGCAAGAGGCUCAGCGCGCAGCCUUCGUCGUAGACAAGGCUCGCCAAGAGAAGCAGGCCAUGGUCGUCAAGGCCCAGGGUGAGGCUCGUUCUGCGGAACUGAUUGGAGAGGCCAUCAAAAAGAACAAGGCCUAUGUCGAGCUGAAGAAGAUCGAGAACGCCCGGGCCAUUGCUCAGCAGCUUCAGGAGGCGGGCAGCAAGAAUAGGCUGUUGCUCGACUCGGAGGGCCUGGGUCUGAACGUAUUCGAGAACGGCGAGAAGAAGUAA